GCUGCAGCGGUUCACAAGCCAGUGGUUGCAGUCGAGGCUUCAUUAACUGCUCCGUGAUGGACAGCAUGCCAGCAAUAACUGCCGAGCACGACGAUAAGAAAAAUAUCACGGGGGUGGAACUGGCCGAUCAGAACCAUAACGAGCAAAAGUACGACAAGAAUGAUGCGUCCUUCACCAUGGUAGCCGUCUCCACAGCAAUACUCGUAUCAAAGUCCGACGCCGACGAGACGGAGUACGACCCAUUCGAACAUCGCAAUCUACGUCAUGCCACCACAGACUUUGAAACACUGGUGCACUUAAUGAAGGGAAGCCUCGGAUCCGGUAUACUAUCCAUGCCGCUGGCUUUCCUCAACGCAGGCUUGCUGUGUGGUCUAAUCGCCACGUGUGUUGUUGGCGUUAUCUGCACAUAUUGUGUGCAGACACUGGUGAAGUGUUCCCAUAUCCUCUGUAGAAGAUCCAAGGUCCCAACACUGAGUUUCUCUGAAACAGCAAAAACUGCAUUUCUCAUGGGCCCACCAAUUUUACACAAAUUUUCUGGAUUUUCUGCGGGCUGUAUAAAUACUUUGUUGGUUAUUGACUUACUGGGCUGCUGCUGUGUCUACAAUGUCUUUGUUGCAAGAAAUAUACAACAGGUUGCUGAGUUUUACAUAGUAAAAGACUGGCAAUUUCAGUAUUAUUUGCUAAUCAUGGCACCCUUAUUGAUCUUAAUCAAUUGGGUCCGAGAUCUGAAGUAUCUUGCUAUCUUCUCUCUGCUGGCAAACAUAUUGUUGACUUUUGGACUAGGAAUCACCUUCUACUACAUUUUUAGUGAUUUGCCACCCAUUAUUCACAGUGGUUUGCCACAGUUUUCUUCUUGGGAACAAUUACCACUGUUUUUUGGAACUGCCAUAUUUGCACUAGAAGGCAUUGGAGUGGUAAUGCCAUUGGCUAAUAAAAUGAAGACACCAGCACAUUUUGUUGGUUGUCCAGGAGUGCUGAACAUUGGUAUGACGAUUGUGGUUGCUUUGUAUGUGAGUGUAGGUUUCUUUGGUUACCUAAAGUAUGGUAGUACUACAGAAGCCAAUAUUACACUGAACCUACCAACAUCAGAAGUAUUGGCCCAGUUAGUUAAGAUCAAGAUUGCAGUGGCAAUCUUCUUCACAUAUGCACUGCAGUUCUAUGUUCCCUUUGAAGUCAUCUGGAACGCAUCAAAACACUAUUUUGGCUCCUACAGAUUGUUAGCUGAGUAUGCCUUAAGGACAGUUCUUGUUUUAUGCACAGUGGGUGUGGCAGCUGCAGUGCCAAACAUAGGACCUUUCAUCUCACUAGUUGGAGCUGUCAGUUUGUCUACUAUGGGCAUCAUAUUCCCUGCAAUUAUUGAACUGACUACAUUCUGGGAUUCACCUGGUCUUGGUACUUGUUACUGGCACCUCUGGAAAAAUAUUUUAAUUAUUAUGUUUGGUGUGCUUGGCUUUGCCACUGGCACCUGGUCAAGUUUGAAAGAGAUUAUUGAACAAACAUAAACUAAUGCGACAUUGAGAAAAGAGUGUUCAGGGUGUCUGCUCAUGCACUCUGCAUAUAUCUGUAAAAUUUUGGAAGAGUAAUCUCAGAAAAAAGAAUACAGAUACAUAUAUUCUUUGUUACACAAGCUGGUAACUAUAAAACCCUUAUGUUAAAAUGGCCCACAUGUAGUAUUGAUUUAUUUUCGAUACACGAUUAUGUGGCAACCAGUUCCAACAAAAACUGGAUGGAACACAAUACAUUAAUAUGGCUACCAGCCAGUAUAACAUUGGUUGGUUGCAUCUUAUCUUAAAUAUGUGCUAGUGUGCAAUGUUUAUCAUCAUAACAGUCACUGCUAAGUCAUUUGUGAGAGGCACAAACAUAAUUGUAACAUUCUCACAGUUUGUGCAUCAUUGUGAUCAUAUGAUAAAUAUCUCUGCAGCCUUAAAUCUGGUUAAGAAUGGCAACUGCAUGUACAACUUUCUGUUGGCUAUAAUUGGUGACACAAUUUGAUAAGUAACAAAAACUGUGUUAGUUAUUCUGAAUAAGCCAGGAGUUCCUAAUAUGUGAUUAAAAUAGUUAAGAAAUAUAUACCGUUUCAUUUCUCACAUGUAUCAAGCAGUACUGAGAUGCACUGUACACAUAAAAGUAUUGUCUGUGUAUUAGUAUUGGAACACUAAACUUGUUGUUGUUUUCCUCUUCUAUUGCUACCUAAGAGCUAAAUUCAAUCAAAGAGCUAAAUUCAAUCAAUGUAAUAACACCAUAACAUAAGAAAAAUUUUGCUCUUAGUUACUGUAUUCUUAUCAUGCAGUUGUAGCUUUUAUGCAAAUAUGAGGAGUGUUCUUGUGUAGCAGAUAUCUGACUAGACAUUAACUGGCAUGUGUGUAUUUUCCACUUUCAUGAAAGAAACAGUUGAGCACUGAAUCAUGCCCAGUAAA